CUCCCUGGGAAAAAAUGGAGACAGGUUUCCAGGUAAUGCUCCAAAAGGAACCCAGGAGUACCAACUUCCUAUGGGAUUUAAUGAAGUUUAUUGCCCCUUAUGUUUCCAAGCUCCAAGCUGCCAUAGGAUGGAGGGAGCUGCUAUCAGAGUUCUGAAGGAGAUGUUUAUGGGGAUAGAGGAGGUAGGCCUCACCUUGUUUGUGGGCACACUGGGUAUAUGGCUUUUGGAAGGAAAAAAGGAGAGACAGCCCUCUGAAGGCACACAGGAGAGGGAAAGGAGACAGUAGCCACACGUGACAUCACUUAGGCAGAAGGAGCAGGAGAGAGAGAUGUAUGUGGGUGCACAGAAGAGCAGGGCCAUCCUAAGUGGUUGAGGGGCCUGGGGCAAACUGUCCAGUGCAGGUGGGUAAGUUGAUGGAGGAGUCAAUAAGCAGUGAUUUAAUGCUAACCCUCCCACUGUCCUUUUCAAGAAUUAGAUGCAGGACACCUGACCCAAUUUGUUACCUCCCCCCAGAGACGACUUUGCAGAAAAGACAGCUUAAAGGGGAAUGGCACAAGUGAAUGUGGUGUUUUGCCAUCUGCACCAGUUGCAGCUUGCUGAGCAUAAAGCAAAACAUUAGAAAUUGCCCCUCCUCCUGGGUACAUGGAAGAGACAGCCCUAUAUGGGUACACGGGAGAGACAGCACUAUGGGGGUACACAGGAGAUACAGCACUAUAGGGGUACACAGAAGAGGCGGCACUAUAGGGGUACACAGGAGAGACAGCACAAUUGGGGUACACAGGAGAGAAUGCACUGUGGGGGUACACAGGAGAGACAGCACUAUGGGGGUACACAGAAGAGACGGCACUAUGGGGGUACACAAGAGAAACAGCACAAUAGGAGUACACAGGAGAGAUGGCACUAUGGGGGUACACAGGAGAGACGGCUCUAUAGGGGUACACAGGAGAGACAGAUUUAUGGAGGUACUGGUAAAUCAAAAUCCCUAUGAAAAGGCAAGGAAAGUCAAAGACAACUCCUCAGAGAGGAGGAGGGCAGCUCCCUGCAGGUAGGGAGGACAGGUAGUAACAUGAGAUGCCUUUAGGUUGUCUCCUCCCAGAAAUGAUAAACACACAAACAGUGAUGAGACUUCAGGGAGCUCAGUCUGUCUGGCAGGACACAUUGCUGUCUGUCUCGUGCUCUGAGCUCAGGGUCCCUCCACUCUCAACCUAUUCCAGCACGUCUUCAUGUGAGGAUCUUAUUAUUUCCUGGGGAAAAUGUUUUCCUGGCCCUAAGGGGUCGCUGACUCCCGACAAUGUUGGUGGAGAUGCUGUGGUUGUUGCUGCUGGACAUUGUCCUGUACGUGAGAUCAGAGGUCGCGCAUCCAGAAAUCCUGAUGCGGAUGUCCAGCCUUGGUGCUACGUGUCAGAGAAUGAAGAAGGCAUUUACUGGAAGUACUGUGAUAUCCCAUCAUGCCACAUGCCUGGAUACCUUGGCUGCUUUCUAGAUUUUGGCACCCCUCCUGCACUCAGUGGGGCGAGUGGAACGUCCUCCAAGCUUACUGUCCAGGCCUGCAUCAGAUACUGUCGUACUAAGGGCUACCAGUAUGCAGGUGUGGAGGCGGGAUAUGCCUGUUUCUGUGGCGAUCCAUCAGACGUAGGCACCUUGCAGCCCACCAGCAGCUCCCAGUGUGACCAGUACUGCUUUGGAAAGCCCAAUGAAAUAUGUGGAGGUGAUGGGAAGAUUAGUGUGUACAGUGCAUGGGUUGGAGCUUGUCAUGAGAACCUAACUUCUUGCUCUGGUGUCCUGUACUCUCCGGACUUCCCUGAGGAAUAUGGUCCUGGUGUCUCCUGUAUAUGGGAUAUACUCUCUCCGGGCAGUACUGCUGUUGAGCUACAGUUCCACAUCUUCCAGAUUCCAGACCCCAAGGACAUUUUAGAGGUCAGGGAUGGGGCAAGUGGUACUUUGCUCAUGAAGAUUCAAGGUGGACAGAAACCUCCUAGCAGUGUCACACUUCCAACUGGUCACCUCUGGUUUCACUUCCAGUCUGACCAAGAGUUUGGUGGCCCUGGUUAUGCUAUAACUUAUAGAGGACUGCCAAAUAAGUUGACCAACUCCACCCCUACUAAAGAAACAUCUGACGAACUCUAUUUGGUGUCCACCAACAGUACAUUUGAACAUUAUAGUACAGAGCAUGCAGCUUCCAGUAAAGCCUUGCUCUUCCUGGCAGCUGCACUGGUGCUUCUAGCUGUCUGCAUUGGAAUUAUAAUAUGGAGGUACCCAUCUUGGUGUUCCAAAAACCCUUGUGCUAUGGUGCAGCCUACAACCUGUUCCAUGCUGUACAGACACAAGAAAGAAAGAAUGGGUGACCUCACCUGCGUCAAUCAGUCAUCCAUGAAAUCACUGUUAUAAAGGUGAAUUUAGAGUAAACUCAAUAAGCUUUGUGAUGGCUCUGUGCCAUUAAUACAAGCACUAUGUGGUGCCAUUACAUGGUCAUUCUCUGCACCUUUCCCACAAGAAGUCUGCAAGGCCCGCAUGACGAUAAGAUGGGUAAAUACACUGCAAGAUAAAGACCCUGUACGAACCAAAGACACCGCAGAUUAAGGACACUGCAAACCACGCAUCUAGCAGUAGUAGGGAUGAGCAGUAGCAGGGAAUGAAAUGCUCAGCAAACAUGGAUUACUAUGAUGAUGGAACCAGGCAGAGCGCAAAGCAUCAGCCUAAGAGUACAGGGACACAGUAUGGACUCAAGCUCUGCAAUGCAGAGGCAAAAUAUAGAUCAAUGCACUUCAGGUCUGUACAAGAAGGAGGAACAUUCUCUAGAGUACAGUAUUAAUAAAUGCUCUUAGAACAAAACACUUCAAGUAUGUAGAUGGCGCAGACCAAAAGUUGAAAAAAUGGAAGUUGAAGCCAGGGUAAAACUUUGUGGCCUACAAACUAUUUAUUUUAUUGCAAAUACCUACAUGAUAAACAGAUGAGGGCAACAAUGUUGCAGGUAUCUUAUAAAAAAACCUCCCCAAGUACGAGACCUUGGAACAGAAAGCAAAGGAGCAAUGGUCUAAAAGCUAGAAACAUUGUUAGAACAGAGCUUAAAGAAGCUUUUGAGAUGCCACCAAAAAGCAAACAUGGCACAAAAAUAAAAUACCUGGAACACAUGGCUUGUCUUCCUUUACUGUGGCAAAUAGUGAACCUGUAUAGUUACAGAACGGAACGAUCAUGGACAACCAAAUUGAUUGCCAGCUCUUUGCCUGUGUUGCAAAAAAAACAAUGCUGGAAAUUGUGCUCUAUUAAAAUAAACAUUUUGUAAAAACUUGGCCCCAUAAACAUAUAUCAAAUAAUAAACAACUGCGCCCCCUUGGCAAACUGACUACUUUGAGCUGAAAAUAAAUUUUAUUAGAAAUCA